AUGCCUAAUAUCUUGAAGAAGCUAUAUCGCAACUACCAGGACCAACAUCAGCAUCAUACAUCUCACGAGCCUUCUCCAGCUUACAACGAAGAUACGUCAAUGGACACAUACAAUCAACUGCAUCCUGGUGAGCAGAUUAAUCAUCCCGGUCCUGCUCAAGCAGCAAUGAGCAAUACCAACGUGAGCGCAACGACUACUGCGAAUGUGACGCAGGCUUCACAACAGCAGCAACAACAACAACAACAGCAACAGCAAGAGCAACAGGCACAGCAACAAGAAGUGAAUCUUCAAAAGCAACAACAACAACAUCAACAGAACGUGCCCAAAUCUGCUGCUGAUGAGGCUAUUCAAAGAUCCUUACUCCCUCAAAGAUCUACCGUAAGUAAGGGCAAGUAUUCGCUAAAUGACUUUUCAAUAAUGAGAACAUUGGGUACAGGCUCAUUUGGUAGAGUGCAUUUGGUAAGAUCGGUACACAAUGGACGAUACUAUGCAAUUAAAGUGUUGAAGAAACACCAGGUUGUCAAAAUGAAGCAAGUUGAACACACCAACGAUGAGCGGAAAAUGUUAAAGUUGAUCGAACACCCCUUUUUGAUAAGAAUGUGGGGCACAUUCCAAGAUUCCAGAAACUUGUUUAUGGUGAUGGACUAUAUUGAAGGUGGCGAGUUGUUUUCCUUGUUGAGAAAAUCGCAACGGUUCCCUAACCCUGUGGCGAAAUUUUAUGCUGCUGAAGUGACAUUGGCCUUGGAGUAUUUGCACAGUCAUGAUAUCAUUUACCGAGACUUGAAACCGGAAAAUAUCUUGUUGGAUAGGAAUGGACAUAUUAAGAUUACCGAUUUUGGGUUUGCCAAGGAAGUUAGUACGGUGACUUGGACAUUGUGUGGAACACCCGAUUACAUUGCUCCCGAAGUCAUCACCACUAAGCCAUAUAACAAAUCAGUUGAUUGGUGGAGUCUUGGUGUUUUGAUUUUCGAAAUGUUGGCAGGGUAUACUCCAUUUUACGACUCAACCCCAAUGAAGACUUACGAAAAGAUCUUGGCGGGAAAGAUCCACUACCCAAGUUUUUUCCAACCAGAUGAAAUUGAUCUCUUGUCGAAAUUGAUAACGGCUGAUUUGACUCGGAGAUUGGGUAAUUUGAUAAAUGGGCCCGCUGAUAUAAGAAAUCAUCCUUGGUUCAAAGAGGUGGUUUGGGAAAAAUUGUUGGCCAAGGAUAUUGAAACUCCUUAUGAACCGCCAAUCACUGCUGGUGUUGGUGACUCUUCUUUGUUUGACCAUUACCCCGAGGAACAACUUGACUAUGGCGCUCAGGGAGAGGAUCCAUAUGCUCAAUAUUUCCUUGAUUUUUAG